UGCGUUUCGCUCCAUACUUUCAAUCCUGUAAUAUAACCUCGUGCAAAGUAGCUCAAGGCUUCGUAUACCCCCAUGUGUCGAUUGUGAAAACUCUUGUUGUAUGUAUAUUAUCAAGAUACAUCGUUUAUCUAAGGUAGCCGUCGUCGGUCAGAAAAAGAGGGGCGCAUCGAAGCGCUGGAAAAAAGGGGCGAGCGCAGCGUGUUGUGUCCGCGAGUCAGUAGUGUUAGUUAUGAACUGGUUAAGAAGAGCGACUUCCGCUCGAACGGGCCAACCGAAGCAGGAGCAGCAACAGCAGCAACAGCAGCAACGUCGUCGUCUCUUUGUAUGCUGAAAAGGGGACCGCCGUCGUAGAUAGAGAGUCUGGCACAGAGAGCGCUUUUCUCGAGAGAUCACUUAUCGGCUGCUACUGCUGUUGAAGAAGGAGGAGGAGGAGGAGAAGGGCAUCUGGCAAUCUUUAUCCGCUUUUGACUCCUCUUGCAACUCUCUCUCUCCCCUCCUCUCUCUCUCUCUCUCGGCCAUGGAUUGGCUCUUUUGCAGGGUUGCCACCCUGGCUAUUGCCCUUCUGCUGCUUGCCACCACCAAAAGGAUUGAUGGACUGAGAAUGAUGGAAUUAGUGAUACCUCAACACGUGGUACGUGGACAAAACGUGAGACUCGAGUGUAACUUCAAUCUGGACAACGUGAUACUUUAUUCAGUCAAGUGGUACAAAGAUGGCAACGAGUUUUAUCGCUUUGUGCCCAGAGAGAAGCCACCCGUUCUGGUGUUCCCUCUGCCUGGCGUUACCGUCGAUAUCCACAACUCGACCGAGAGAUCUGUAGUGCUGAAUUCGGUGAAUCUCAUGAGCUCCGGUCGAUACAGGUGCGAGGUGUCGGCUGAGGCGCCUGCCUUUCAAACUGUCUCCGAUCACUCCGACAUGCUCGUUGUUGCACUACCAGAAGAAGGGCCCGUCAUAAAUGGACGACAAGGCAGGCAACGCUACCAAGUUUCCGAUGUCGUGCGGUUCAAUUGUACGUCCGCAAAGUCCAAACCCGCUGCGAUGCUUAGCUGGUUCAUCAAUGGCGAGCCGGUGGAUCAGCCCUUAUUGCGAGGACCGUUUAUAACGGAGGUGGACCGCGAGGGCCUGGAGACGACGGUAUUGGGUUUGGAGUUUCGGAUACGGGAUAAGCACUUCAAGCGAGGCGACAUGAAGAUAAAGUGCCUCGCCACCAUUGCCUCGGUCUACUGGAAAAGUAACGAGCUCAGCAUCGAGGGCUAUCGAGCCGAGCAGAAUCGUGCCCCGGUCAUGGAAAGCCGCGAGACCAGACCACAGGGUCACACGCGAGCUGAACACAUAUUGGCAGGCAGCAGCAGCAGUAACAGCAGUGGCAACCAGCCGAGGAUUUUCAUAUCCGGCCUCUCGCUGCUGAUCGUUAGCAUCUACUCUUCGCUACAACAACUACUGUAAGAACGGGCGAUAUAUACAAGAGGAAGCUGUAUGCUAAGUCGAGUGAAACUUUGUUGCAAAAUUAUCUCACCGUUCGAGCAAAACAAAUAAAAAGACUUUGUACGUGUGAAAGUGAGUGAUUCGACGAUGCAAAUACACAUAUACACAUACACAGAGAAUGCGAGAGUACUAUACGUAUUAUGUAUAUUUGAACGUUAUUUAUAUUUUUAUAUGCCUAGUCGAAUGUGAAUACAAUUCUGCGAGAUAUUUGGAGAAUGAUAGGGAGAGAGAGACAGAGAGAAAGUUUCCGAUUGAGUGAAUUUUCUAGUUUUUUUUUCCGGAGUUCUCCUUGGUGAAUAUGGCUUUUGAUCAAAGUCUGUUUUUAUUUGUUGAUUGAGAGAGGUAUAUAGUAAUGAAUGGAGCUUUGCUUUUUCGAAACCAAUAGAGAUACCAGACUUUGAUAAACCCACGAAUUAAAGAUCUGGUACAAGUUUUUUUCUUUUUUUAAUAAAGAACCAUACUACUCGGAAAAAGUUCUUUCUAUAAAAGAUUGAUGGCAUGCAAUAAUUGAAAAAUUCAAUAUUCAUUGCGGAAACUUCGGAAAGAGUUCGUGGAUUGCACCUAUGAAGCAAUUGAUGGAUAUUUCAAGUUUGCGAUACACAGUUGAAACGUGGAUUUUAAAAUAAACAAUGUUAACCUGUCAAUAUCUUUUAACAGUGUCUAUAUACAGUGGCGUGCGUAAGUUUCUGGCUAAAACAAUUAUUUAAAAUUAAAAAUUUUGCAGCUCCGUUUAAAAUUGUCGUUGAAUAUUUUAAUAAAAAAAUAAAAAAAAUAAAAAAUUUUAAUAAAAAAUACCGGCGGGAUAUAAAGGGUAUUGCUUUACUCUUCAAAAUGAGUCUAUGUGCGUUCUUCUACGAUCAUUUUAGACGGAGCUGCAAAACUUUAAAUUUUAAAUGAUUUUUUUUGGACAGAAACUUAUGCACGUCGCUAUGUAUAUAUAUAACAAAUAACAAGAAGUCUUCGCGUUAUAAAUUAUGAACGAUGAGACUGUGAUAAAUAGUUCAGAACAUAAUUUCAUGCAACGAAGAAUUUUCAGAACAUUCAUGCAAAUACAAUAUUUUUUGUCAAACAUAGAUUCCAAUGAUUUCAACAGUGUAUCAUGAAAUAUAUAUAAUGCCAAAUUAAUUACUUCGUUACAUAUAUAAUAUAGUUAUUUUAAUAACGAAAGAAAAUUGUAAGAAAUCGAUCAUUUUAAUGAGUCACUGUAUAAAUAAAAGUCAAAUAUUUGCCUUGAGAUAUAUAGAAAUGCUUGUUCAUUGUUUGCCUCAGUGCAUGUCAAAUUUAUCGACUUCACGAAGAUAAAAUACUCAUCAUUAAAUACUGAUAUUGUUCCGCACAUUUUCACAACGUUGACACUCUUAAACUAUGUGGAUUCAAGACAAAUGUUAUUGAGCAAAAAAUCAUUUAUCUAUAUGUAGCACUGAACUCCAUGAAUUAUACUAAACUUUCUAUACUAACUUUCACUUUGAACUUAUUAAUUCUAGCAUCCAAAUAAAAUUUGUAUAGUGCUCGAGGUAUUAAAAAUCUAAUUGAAAAGUAAUUUAUGCUGUAAAAUUGAUGAUCAAAUAAUGACCUAAAAAUAACCAUUUCUUUUAAUUUAUUUUUCUAUGAUAAAAAAACCUUUCUUCCAAUUCAUAUUUAUAAUUGAAUAAUUCUCAAUAUGAGUUUACUAGGAAAAAAAAAUUAAUAAAUAAAAGCUGUACUUGUAUUGAACCAUGUUGAUAAAGUAGAUUAUAAAUGUAAUUUACAAUGCACUGAAGUGAACAUGUUCAAAUCUAAAGGUUUAUUAAAGAAAGAACUAAAUUUCAUUUCACUUGGUAUGCUGCGUAUAAAACACAUUCGGUGCGCAGAAAAAUCCAAUCGAAUUGGAGCGUAUUUAACUAUAGACAUAUCAACGUAUGUACAUAUUAUUGUAAGUUUCAAAUAUGCCGUAAACAGUUUUUUUAUUUGAAUUUUAAACAAGAAGCCUAAUUAUUGUAGGCAUCUUCCAAAAAUUGUAAAAAGUAGAUACACUUUGUUUAUUUAUGUUUCAUUUUACGAAUGUAUAAAAUUAAUAUCACUAUAAGUCCUUUUUCUUUAUGGCUUUAUUGAAAAUGAUAUUGAUAUCAAUAGGUAACAAUUAUUUUUUUAUAUCAAGGUUGACGAAAUAUCGGAAUGAAAAAAUAUGCAUCGUAAAUGAACAAAGUGUAAUUCUUUCAAAAGUAAAACAUUUCUCGCAUUUAGAUCUUUAAAAUAGUAUCAAGAGAUAAUAAUUAUCUAUGUAUAAAUAAUGUUCCGAACUUGCAGAGGACGAAUUGUUCCAUCAUUUCGUGGACUAAAAGAUGAUAAGAAAAUAAUUUACUAAAAGAAGAUAAAUAUUAUGAAGAAAAUAAAAAUUUUUAUCGAUACUAUUGAACUAUUACCUGCAUUAUUGUGACAUUACGUUUUUGAUGAUAGAUGCUUCAAACUUCGAUAAUCUUUAUCUAUAAAAAAUUUAUAAAAUCGAUCCAUUUUCCUUCCUCAUUCGUGACUGAAUUUUUCAAAUCACUGCCAGAUUCGUAAUAUUUAAAAGUCAAUAAUUCUAGUCUGAAAAAACAUUGCAUUUUUAUAUGCUAUAUAGAAACCAAAUCUUAAAUAUGAAUAAUGUGAAAAAACAGUAGUGUUCAGCGUUUUAAACGCAUGCAAAAAUCACUAGAACACAGUUCCAAUUUCAUAAAAAUUGAUUUUAUUAUUAUCAUUGUAAAAAGUACCAAUUUAUAAUAUAAUUCAAUCAAUCCACAUAUUAAUUUUGUUAUACACUAUAGAUUUGCACGAUUGUCAUUUAUAAAAAUAUACGUGAUUUGCACUUCAAAGAACAGCAUCAAUUGUACAGAAAUAUUAUCUUAUACAAUUGUUGUGUCAUCACAAAAACUUUAUGUUAAUAAGUUUUGCUCACUAAUCUAGUCGAUACAAGAAGAUUUAGGCAUAAUUCAUAAUGUUUAUUAUGAAUAUAAUUUAUAGAAACAUAUACUACUUUAAGAUUUUCAACUUAACAUUCCUAUUUGUUAAAUAAUAACAAAA